AUGGCAACUUUAGAGAUUUGUAUUAUUGGUAUAGAUAGCAUUAGACCCUCUUCUUCGACUCCCAUCCAGUUGAAAACCUUCAAUCUUUCCCUUUUGGACCAACUGGCUCCUGCUACUUACAUUCCAGUGCUGCUUUUCUACACCACAAGUGAUCUUACUGCUGCAGCUGGAAGAACCUUGCAGCUAAAGAAAUCGCUUUCGGAAACUCUGACUCGCUUUUACCCGUUUGCUGGAAGAAUCAAAGACAAUUUUUCCAUUGACUGCAAUGAUGAUGGGGCAGGCUUCACUGAAGCUCAAGUCAGCUGCUUUCUUUCAGACAUUCUCAAAGCACCAGACCACGAGGUACUAAAACAGUUGCUACCUAUCAAUUGUGAAUCCUUUAUAGAAGGCAGGGGAUGUGUGCUGCAUGUUCAGGCCAACUACUUCAAGUGCGGUGGAAUCGGCCUCGGCAUAUGUCUUUCUCACAAGAUAGCUGAUGCAGCCACAUUGAGCACUUUCCUCAGAAGUUGGGCAAAUACUGCUUCUGGGAUUAGCGAGAAAGUGUGUCCUAUUUUCAACGCCGCGUCGAUGACCCCACCAAGAGACAUCUCGAUGACUCCACCAACUCUUGAGAAUCUUAAUAAGAUCAGAGACGACAAAUCUGUAACGAAGAGGUAUGUAUUCAAUGGCUCAAAGAUGACUGCUCUUAAGGCCAAAGCACCUUCUCUGAGUGUCAAACAAGCCACAAAGGUAGAGAUUGUAGCAGCCCUCAUUUGGAAAUGUGCAAUGAAGGCUUCCAGGACAAAUUUUGGAUCCUCAUCCAGGUUAUCGGCACUGUACCAAAAUGUGAAUAUUCGAAACAGAACAGUCCCUCCCCUACCAAAUGACUCUGUUGGGAACUUUGUUGGGUCCUUCAUCGCCACGGCAGAGGAUACUGAGGCAGAGUUACAUGGCUUGGUUUCUGAAUUAAGGAAAGGGAUUGAAGAAUUUUGCAAGAAAGCAAAUAGACUACCACUCAGCGAGGACAUUUCGGUGAUUUGUGAGCCUCAGAUGGAAGCUAUGAGAAUGCUAACCAGUGAUGACAUGGCCUUGUACGCGUGCACAAGUUGGUGUAGGUUUCCACUAUACGAGGCUGCAGAUUUUGGGUGGGGAAAACCAGUUUGGAUGAGCUCAUGUAUUCCACCUGCCAAGAAUAUGGUAUUUCUGAUGGAUACAAAAGGCGGUGAUGGCAUAGAGUCCUGGGUAAGAUUGAGCCAAGAAGACAUGAAACUAUUCGAGUGUGAUCAAGAGCUGCUAGCAUAUGCAUCUUUGAAUCCAAGCAUCACAUAUUAA